UUCAGCUGUGGGCGGAUAAGCAGCAGCAGCGGGUUCGGAAGAGAAGAAAAGCGGAGCGGCCUCCGUCCUGCCUCCUUCCUCCUGCUCUGUCUAACGUGACAGUUAUCCCCGCUGAACCGUGCAGUGGCCAUGGAGGCCACCAGGAGGCGCACUCAGCCCAGUGCCAAUGGGAAGUCUCAGGAGCAGGUCCAGGAGCCGGCACAGUGGGGACGGGCAUGGGAGGUGGACUGGUUCUCCCUGAUCUCCGUCAUCCUCCUCCUCUGCUUCGCCCCCUUCAUCGUCUUCUUCUUCGUCAUGGCCUGCGAUCAGUACCAGUGCUCCGUCACGGCGCCGCUGCUGGACCUGUUUAGUGGGAAGGCCACCCUGCUCUCCAUCUGGGCCCGGGCACCCUCCUUCACCUGGACCGCCGCCAGGAUCUACGCGGUGUGGGUGGGCUUCCAGGUCUUCCUCUACAUGUGCAUCCCGGAUGUUUUACACAAGCUGCUUCCUGGAUAUGUUGGAGGGGUGCAGGACGGGGCGCGGACCCCCGCUGGCCUGAUCAAUAAGUAUGAGAUCAACGGGCUGCAGUGUUGGCUCAUCACUCAUCUUCUGUGGGUGCUCAACGCUCGCUACCUGGACUGGUUCUCUCCCACCAUCGUCUUCGACAACUGGAUCCCCCUCAUGUGGUGCGCCAACAUCCUGGGCUACGCCGUGUCCACCUUCGCCUUCGUCAAGGCGUACCUGUUCCCCACCAACGGCGAGGACUGCAAAUUCACCGGGAACGUCUUCUACAAUUACAUGAUGGGCAUCGAGUUCAACCCCCGCAUCGGCAAGUGGUUCGACUUCAAGCUCUUCUUCAACGGCCGGCCCGGCAUCGUGGCCUGGACCCUCAUCAACCUGUCCUACAUGGCCAAGCAGCAGCAGCUGUACGGACACGUCACCAACUCCAUGGUGCUGGUCAACGUGCUGCAGGCGGUGUACGUGUUGGACUUCUUCUGGAACGAGGCGUGGUACCUGAAGACCAUCGACAUCUGCCACGACCACUUCGGCUGGUACCUGGGCUGGGGCGACUGCGUGUGGCUGCCGUACCUCUACACCCUGCAGGGCCUGUACCUGGUCUACCACCCGGUGCAGCUGUCGGCGCUCCACGCCGGCGCCGUGCUGCUCCUGGGCCUGCUGGGUUACUACAUCUUCCGCAGCACCAACCACCAGAAGGACCUGUUCCGCCGCAGCGACGGCUCCUGCUCCAUCUGGGGCCGCAAGCCCACCUUCAUCGAGUGCUCGUACCGCUCGGCGGACGGCGCCUCGCACCGCAGCAAGCUGCUGACGUCGGGCUUCUGGGGCGUGGCCCGCCACUUCAACUACACCGGGGACCUGAUGGGCUCGCUGGCGUACUGCGCCGCCUGCGGCUUCGGCCACAUCCUGCCCUACUUCUACAUCGUGUACAUGACCAUCCUGCUGGUGCACCGCUGCGUCCGCGACGAGCAUCGCUGCAGCAGCAAGUACGGCAGCGACUGGACGCGCUACACCAACGCCGUGCCCUACAGACUCAUCCCCGCCGUCUUCUAGACACGCCUCCAGGCUCUGGACUCACACCUUUCUUCACCACAUAAAAACCUGCUCCAGGCAGGAACAUCUCCACUCUGAACUUUCUCUGUUUUUAAUACUCUCUCAUCAUUUCAUCAGUUUGUAAGAAAAGACAUAAAAAUGACUGUUUCCCACUUCAAAAGUUGAAAGAUUUCAUUUUAUAUUCGGCCCAACAGUGGUUGAAUUCACCGCUCGACUUUCUCGUGAACUAGUCAUUAGCAGUGAUGUGUUUAUCCAGCAAUAUUCACUGUUUUAUCUGCUUGUUGGUUUCUGGACCAAAUGAGAUCUUAUACACAGUUUUAUACAUAAUCUUUGUAUUUGUGUAGUUUGCAGACUAACAGAACAAGAACUACAAGCUUCAUUGUUUUUUUAAACUCCUGAAAUGAAAACUGCCUUAAAAUGUCAAUAAAGUCUGAAAUUAAA